AUGGGGAACCAGGACGCGAAGCCGAAGAGAAGCGCGGGCGAUGUCCCGCAUGGAGGCGGCGGUGGUGAGGACGCCGCUGUGCCCCGCGAGGCCGAGGGCACAAAGAAGGCGGGCGGGGGCAAGAAGGCGCCAGGCCGGCACGGAAAAGGGGGCGGCGGCGCGGAGCCGGGCCGGAAGAAGAGCCGGUCGGACCCCAGGGCCUCGGUGUUCUCCAACCUGCGCAUCCGGAAGACCCUGUCCAAGGGCCGAGGUACCGGCGGCUCUCGUGAGGAUGUGCUGGACCCCCAGGCCCUGCAGGCCGGCGAGCUGGACAGCGCCCACUCUCUGGUUACCAAAACCCCAGACCUCAGCCUCUCAGCUGAUGAGACGGGCCUGUCGGAUACCGAAUGUGCGGAUCCUUUCGAGGUGACGCGUCCCGGGGGUCCCAGCUUGGCCAGGGUCGGCGGCCCGGCAGUGGCCGAGUAUUCGGAGACCGCGGCGGGGGCGCAGGAUGGACAAAGGACCAGCUCGGGCUCAGACACAGACCUCUACAGUUUUCACUCGGCCGCGGAGCAGGAGGACUUGCUCUCGGACAUCCAGCAGGCGAUCCGCCUCCAGCAACUGCAGCAGCAGUCCCCGGGCCCCGAGUCGCCCCCGGUGUCGCCCCCCUCCACCGCCCCUCUGCCUGGGGCCCUGCCGGGCCUGGACCGACCCCCACCGGGCCCCAGCGCCGAAGCGGCGCUGUCUGCGCCCCCCGACAGGCCCGCGGCCACAGAGCCGCCAGCAGCCACCGCCUUCGCGUCUCCUGAGUUGGUUCCGGGGGAACGAGGGGCAGCGGACACGGACGAGGAAGGCGAGGAGGACGCCUUCGAGGACGCGCCCCGAGACUCUCCGGGGGUGGAGUGUGGCCUGGCGGCGGGAGAGGCCCCACGCACGCCAGGGGCGACGCGCGAGGAGGGCGCGCCGAAGCCUGUCGUCCCCGUGACCGCCUCCCCGCCACGCAGUCCAGCUCACAGCCCGCGCCGCCCCCGGGCCCGCCCGCUCCUGGCGCCCUGUUAUGUCAGGACCACCACCCGGCAGCUCAGCUCGCCAGGGCCCUCCCCGUCUCCGUCCCCCAGCCACAGCCCCCGGGUCCAGAGACGCCCGGAGUCCUCCGUGGGCCGCGAUUCCGGAGCCACCGCGGCCCCCGCCGCUGCCCCGGCUAGGAAGCCCCGCGCGGGCCGCAGCCGCUCGGCCGACUGGACUGCGGAGCUGGGCCGUGCUCCCGGGGAGGGGGUCUCGGCGCACCUGGUGCAGCGCGGGGCAGGCGGCCUCCAGGGUGUGUUCGCAGGGAGAACUCUGCUGGAGAAGCUGUUCAGCCAGCAGGAGAACGGGCCUCCAGAAGAAGCAGAGAAGUUCUGCUCACGGAUCAUCGCCAUGGGGCUCCUCCUUCCUUUCAGCGACUGCUUCCGGGAACCUUGCGGGCAGAACGCCCAGUCCAGCUCAGUUCCGUUUGAUCAAGAUCAACUUUACACCUGGGCUGCAGUUAGUCAACCCACACACUCACUGGAUUAUAUCGAAGGGCAGUUUCCCAGGAGAGUCCCAGCUGCUUGGCCACCAUCUAAACCUCCUGAUGAAGAACAAAGGCCUAAGGAUGCUGACACAGACUCUCAAUCUGCUGUUUUAGAAACUCCGAAAAAAUGUUCAGAUGCUGCUCAGCAGGAAGUGUGCGACAUGAAGUCUGAGGGUCAGGCCACUGUCAUCCAGCGGCUGGAGCAGACCAUCGAGGAUCUGAAGACCAAGAUAGCUGAGCUGGAGAAACAAUAUCCCGCCCUAGACACGGGUCUGGAAGCCCUCAAGUUGGGCGAAAAGGAUGUCGGAUAUGAAAGGAUUGUACAGGCCAAGUCCAUCCAGACGUCCCCGAUGGAAGAUGGUGGUGUGCUGGCACUUCCUCCUGGGGGGGGCCCGCUGGUGGGCCCCCUACCGUUGACCGCACAUGGAGAAUCAGCAGGGCUGCCCUUGCCUUCGGGACCUCAGACCAUGUUCUGCUCAGAAAUCUCUUUGGUCGUGUCUCCAAGGCAAAUAUCAGUUCAGCUUGAUGCACAGCCGUCCCUCCAGCCUCCACCGCCUGCAUCCCUCCCCUGGUCUGACAGUCAUGGACAGGCGGGGUCCCAGCCUUCCCAUCCUCUUCACACUGGGUUUGAAACCAGCCAGGAGCACUCUGCUUUCCCCUCCUCUGGAAACGGCUGUGACAUCCCCACUGCACCACCUCUGCCUCCAGAGACCUCCCCUCUGAUGCCUGGCCUGAGCACCGAGGCUUCCCCAGCACCCCUGACCCCCGGUGCACCUGGGCCUGCACUGCCCAGUCCAGCAGGCCUCUCACCUCCUCCUUGUCUAGGUCCAGAGAUGCUGCCAACCCCUCCUCUACCUUUGCCUGGAGUGGGAAUUCCUCCCGCCCCGCCCCUUCCCGGGGUGGGGAUCCCUCCCGCCCCGCCCCUUCCCGGGGUGGGGAUCCCUCCCGCCCCGCCCCUUCCCGGGGUGGGGAUCCCUCCCGCCCCCCCCCUUCCCGGGGUGGGGAUCCCUCCCGCCCCCCCUCUUCCCGGGGUGGGGAUCCCUCCCGCCCCGCCCCUUCCCGGGGUGGGGAUCCCUCCCGCCCCGCCCCUUCCCGGGGUGGGGAUCCCUCCCGCCCCGCCCCUUCCCGGGGUGGGGAUCCCUCCCGCCCCCCCUCUUCCCGGGGUGGGGAUCCCUCCCGCCCCCCCCCUUCCCGGGGUGGGGAUCCCUCCCGCCCCGCCCCUUCCCGGGGUGGGGAUCCCUCCCGCCCCGCCCCUUCCCGGGGUGGGGAUCCCUCCCGCCCCGCCCCUUCCCGGGGUGGGGAUCCCUCCCGCCCCGCCCCUUCCCGGGGUGGGGAUCCCUCCCGCCCCGCCCCUUCCCGGGGUGGGGAUCCCUCCCGCCCCGCCCCUUCCCGGGGUGGGGAUCCCUCCUCCCCCUCCUCCACCUCCUCCCCCUCCUCUUCCAGGCAUGGGAAUACCCCCCACCCCCCCUCUUCCCGGAGUGGGAAUUCCUCCUCCUGCACCUCUUUCCAGUGAAGGAAUACCUCCUGCCCCACCUCCUCCUCCUCCUCCUCCGGGUGUGGGGAUUCCACCUCCUCUAACCCCUCCGCCCCCACCCACUGCUGGAUCAGGCCUUCCUCUCCCACGACAAGUUGGGAGUAGCACUUUACCGACACCUCAGGUGUGUGGCUUUCUUCCUCCUCCGUUGCCUCUUGGCUUGUUUGGAUUUGGGAUGAAUCAGGAAAAAGGGAGUAGGAAGCAGCCAGUAGAGCCUUGUCGGCCAAUGAAGCCUCUAUAUUGGACAAGAAUUCAGCUGCACAGUAGAAGAGACUCCAGUGCUUCACUUAUUUGGGAAAAAAUUGAAGAACCAUCCAUAGAUUGUCAUGAAUUUGAGGAAUUGUUUUCUAAAUCUACUGUCAAGGAAAGGAAGAAACCCAUUUCUGACACCAUCACAAAGACCAAGGCUAAGCAAGUUGUCAAGCUACUAAGCAACAAAAGGUCUCAAGCAGUUGGAAUAUUGAUGUCUAGCCUUCACUUAGAUAUGAAAGAUAUACAACAUGCUGUGGUGAACUUGGACAAUUCUGUGGUUGACCUGGAGACCCUUCAAGCUCUCUAUGAGAAUAGAGCACAGUCAGAUGAACUGGAAAAAAUUGAAAAGCAUGGUCGGUCCUCCAAAGACAAGGAGAACGCCAAGUCUCUGGACAAGCCUGAGCAGUUCCUUUAUGAACUGUCACUAAUCCCCAACUUUUCAGAGCGAGUCUUUUGCAUCCUGUUUCAGUCCACAUUUUCAGAAAGCAUUUGCUCAAUUCGGCGCAAACUGGAGCUGCUACAGAAGUUGUGUGAGACAUUAAAACAUGGCUCAGGGGUUAUGCAGGUUUUGGGUUUGGUUCUUGCCUUUGGCAACUACAUGAAUGGUGGAAAUAAUACUCGGGGACAGGCAGACGGUUUUGGAUUAGAUAUUCUCCCGAAGCUGAAAGAUGUUAAAAGCAGUGACAAUAGCAGAAGCCUGUUGUCAUAUAUCGUGUCAUAUUAUCUUCGCAAUUUUGAUGAGGACGCUGGGAAAGAACAGUGUAUGUUUCCACUGCCUGAACCCCAGGACCUCUUUCAGGCCUCGCAGAUGAAGUUUGAAGAUUUUCAAAAAGACCUCAGAAAACUCAAGAAAGACCUGAGAGCCUGUGAAGUUGAAGCAGGGAAAGUUUACCAAGUGUCGUCAAAAGAGCACAUCCAGCCUUUCAAAGAAAACAUGGAACAAUUUAUUAUUCAAGCUAAAAUUGACCAAGAAGCAGAGGAGAACUCACUGACAGAGACUCAUAAGUGCUUUUUGGAGACUACAGCCUAUUUCUUCAUGAGACCAAAACUUGGAGAGAAGGAAGUGUCCCCAAACGUUUUCUUCGGUAUCUGGCAUGAAUUCAGCUCUGACUUUAAAGACUUUUGGAAGAAAGAGAACAAACUUAUCCUACAAGAAAGAGUAAAAGAAGCUGAAGAGGUGUGUAGGCAGAAAAAGGGAAAGUCACUCUAUAAAAUAAAACCAAGACAUGACUCUGGAAUUAAAGCAAAAAUAAGCAUGAAAACCUGA